AUGGGGCACACCAAUGCAACCUCCUGGAGGGGCUUUGUCUUCCUAGGCUUCUUCAGUUUUGGGGAGCUGCAACUCCUGCUUUUCGCGUUGUUCCUCUCCCUAUAUCUUAUCACCCUGACCAGCAAUAUCUUCAUUAUUGCAGUUACCAGGAUGGACAGCCAUCUGCACACCCCCAUGUACCUCUUCCUUUCCUUCCUAUCUUUCUCUGAGACCUGCUACACUUUGGGCAUCAUCCCUAGGAUGCUCUCCAGCCUGGUCAUGGGGGUUCAGACCAUCUCUUAUGUGGGCUGUGCCGCCCAGAUGUUCUUCUCUGCCUCAUGGUCUUGUACCAAUUGCUUCCUUCUGGCUGUCAUGGGCUUUGACCGAUAUAUGGCCAUCUGUGCCCCACUGCACUAUGCUAGCCACAUGAAUCCUACCCUCUGUGCACAAUUGGUUGGCACCUCCUUCCUGAGUGGAUAUCUCUUUGGGCUGGGAAUGACACUGGUCAUUUUCCACCUCCCCUUCUGCAGCUCCCAUGAGAUCCAGCACUUUUUUUGUGACACACCGCCAGUGCUAAGCCUAGCCUGUGGGGAUACAGGUCUCAGUGAGCUGGGGAUCCUCAUCCUCAGCCUGCUGGUCCUCCUUGUCUCCUUCUCGUUUAUCACCAUCUCUUAUACCUACAUCCUGGCAGCAAUCCUGAGGAUCCCUUCUGCUGAGGGGCAGAAGAAGGCUUUCUCCACCUGUGCCUCACACCUCACAGUGGUCAUUGUUCACUAUGGCUGUGCCUCCUUCGUGUAUUUGAGGCCAAAAGCCACCUACUCUCUUGAGCGGGAUCAACUUGUUGCUGUCACUUAUACUGUAGUGACCCCUCUCCUCAACUCUGUUGUUUAUAGUCUGAGGAAUCAAGCUGUGCGGAGAGCCCUGAGAAAUGCUUUCCGAGGGAGGUUGUUGGGUAAAGAAUGA